UUUAUACAUUUAUUGUCUCUCGCUUCACACUCUUCGUGCUCUCCGCCACCCCCUCUUUUUCUUCUCAAUUUUUCAGAUCCGCUCUCUUUGAUCCCAUAAAACAUGGCCUCUGUUACUGCUUCCAGUGUUAAGUUCUCCCCUGCUUCUUCCUUAAUCAAGCAAAAUCAGGUUUCAAAUCUGAAGAAGGCUUCAGUGUCAUUCACUGGGAAUGGCUUCCAAUCUCACAGAUUACCUGUUCGUCGCUUCCGCAUUGCGUGCGCAGCCAAGCCAGAGACCGUAAGCAAAGUAGUCGACAUAGUGAAGAAACAGCUUGCUCUUCCCGAUGACCGUGAUGUCUGUGGAGAGUCGAAAUUUUCUGUACUCGGUGCUGACUCUCUUGACACGGUUGAGAUCGUCAUGGGGCUUGAGGAGGAGUUUGGAAUCUGCGUGGAGGAAGAGAGCGCCCAGAGCAUCAGCACCGUUCAAGAAGCAGCUGAUCUCAUUGAGGAGCUCUUGGAGAAGAAGUGAAGAAACCAAUCGGGUUUCUAGGAGAAGUUCUGUAGCCAGAGAUCAUCAUAUAUUUCAAUCAAUGUUUGUUGCUGCCAUCUCAUGACAAACCCUCACCUUGAGUUCUUGGUGUUGGUCUUUUUGUUCAUGUUUGAAGCAUCUAGCUCAUCUUUCUUGUUUGGAUCCUAUUAAAUUAUAUUUGAAGUUGUCUUUCCUCU